GAAGCGCUUGGAUACUCUGUUGCUGGAACUCUCCCACCUGUCUUUCAUCCUUAUGACACACGAAUGGCGCCGCCAGCCUUUCCGUGCACUAUACUUGGGUUAUCAACUCCUGUUCAUAGUAUUCCUGUUCAUUCCCUAUCAUGUCGUCAAAUAUGCACCUCGAGCGUGGCGUCCAAGAAAAUCUUGGUCCCUACAGCGCAGUGUAGGUAUCGCAUUCGUUCGUUAUUUGGGGAAGGUUGAGGAGAAAGUAGGAUCUAUGCUGAGCUUUCCAACCCACGAAGCAAUAAAGGAAGGCCCUGGUGUGAAAGCUUUGUGGAUCAAUCCCGUUCCAGAGCUAAUGAACAAGCAACUUCAACAAUGGGCAGCGAUAUCUGGUGUGCAACCCAUCCGCAUACCGGGGUACUGGAUGGAUAAGCAAGGUUUAGAUUUCACUAUCGGUGCACCCCUGCAGUCAGGCGAGAAGAUCCUUUAUCGUCUUCACGGCGGCGCCUACACACUACUUUCAUCUCACCCAGAUGACAGGUCUGCUAAAUAUGCCCGUGAUCUCCUAAACAAAUGUUCCUCAUUUCGACGUGCAUUUUCCGUCGAAUAUCGGCUUUCUGUGGGACCUCCUUACCCUGCUCGUAAUCCGUUUCCAGCCGCCCUCCUCGAUGCUAUCGCUGGUUAUGCUUACCUCGUUAACGAGUGCAAAUACAAUCCUUCAGAUAUCGUGAUAGCGGGCGAAUCUGCAGGAGCAAAUCUCGCUCUGGCGCUUACACGAUAUUUGCUUGAAUGCCAGGGAGAUUCUAAGGACAACGUCUUUGAGCCUCCUGCCGGAUUGAUCCUUCUCUCUGCCUGGGUCGAUCUCAGCACUUCGCAUGUUAAACCUGGAUUGUCACCCUUCCUAAAUGCCGAGUCAGAUUACGUCUCCCAGUUGACGCCGCUUGACUGCUACUCCAAGAUUGCUUUCCUCGGACCUCACGGACGGGAAGGUGCCGAGACGAAUGAGUACAUAUCCCCCGCCUCACUACAUAUCGACUCUACAUUUUAUCGAUUUCCCAGAACCAUCCUCAUCGCGGGUGGCUCGGAAAUGUUUUUGGACCAGAUCAAAACUCUUAAGAGUAGGAUGGUGCGUGAUAUGGGCGAGGGGAACGGCGCUGGUCAGGUUACCUACUUGGAAAUGCCUGAUAGUAUACAUUCGUUCAUCAGCUGGCCCAAGUAUGAGCCUCAGUGCACCGAUGCGUUGCUGAAAAUCGCAGAAUGGGCGGACGUGUUUUAGAUAUUUUCAAUUCCAGCUUCUCGCCCAGAUGAUUUACAAUUGACAGAUGCAGUUGAUUGGGAAAAUGUGGGCCGCGCCCUUGAAAGGAGAGAAGAAUGUUUAACUGCAGUUACAAAAAACAAGAAGAUUUAUCUACGUGUGUACA